CGCUUCGCCUCUUCCUAUCCUCUGUAAAUCCAUCCCAAAAUGGAAUACCAGUCAUCUCGUAGCAGCAAGCUGUCGUUCAAGGGCGACAAAAAGAAAUCGAAAAGCAAGCACAAGAGAAAGCACAAGAGUGACAAGCUGAGCGGCCCGGCAGCUGCGGCAUCGGACGAGGCUGCCAGCGACGGCUGGGUGCCAGUCAGCUCUCUUCGCGACUUGGAAGGGCCAGUGUCAAUUUACUUCCGUGAUGAAAGUGUGCAUGUUUUUUCCUUGCCGCCGCGAUCCGAGACCCAGGCACUGGCAGACACGUCAGGGCUCCUGCCAGCGCUAUACGAGCUAACCGACGCAUCUUUAGCGACUGCGGAGCCCGCCAGCGUAGAGCAAGUGUUUGUCGGCCGGCGAUCUGUACCUACAGCUACCUCCAAGGACGCGGAGGCGAAUAUGUUUUCGUUCAAGUCGUGUCACGGCGAAUACCUCUCCGGAUCUCGUAGCGGCGAUGUGACAUGUAGCGCAGCAGCAAUUGGACCUCUGGAGAUGUGGACACCGGUGCUAUUGCCUGAUCGUGGCGAUGGCGCCGUAGCAUUCAUGAUUAACCCUCCCGGCAGUUCAGGCGACCGCUUCUUGACUGCCGAGCCAGACAAGGCUAAGAAACACUCUGUGUCCGUGAGCUGUGAAGGCGCACAUAUUGGAUUUUGCCAGGUAUUCACAGCCAAAUGCCAGGCGGCGCUGAGGAAAAAACGGACAGCCUUGGAGGCUGUCGAAGACUACGAUCCUGAGAAGCUGACUGGAAACGCGGCGCUUGAUGAAGAGCGUCAGGCCAAACGGUUCCAGAGCUUCCAGGAUGGGCACAUUCAUGUAUCGAAGAAGAGCCGCACAGAGCUGGACCAGGCGAAAAAGGCCGGCAGAUACCGUGAAAGCUUGCUCGAUAGGCGAGAGAAGGUCAAGUCGGACAGAUAUUGCAAGUAGCUGUCUUUAAUGUUAAAUAGUGAAAUAUCC